AUGUCGAAGUGCGCCCUCUUCGCAGAUCAGUACUCCGAGCUGAAAAGAUUUGCCAGGAGCUUCCAGCAUCUGAACCGUGUGGUGCCCGCGAGGCAGCAUCGCGUCGCAUUGCAAAUGGGCAGCGGGCAGCCGCUGCUACACUUGCAGAGGUGCCGACCAGUCGGACUGCUGCUCAUGCUCAUGCAGAUUCAUUUUCGAGUACAUCGUGUUGCCGACUCCGUUGUCAAGGAGCAGCUGGAGCAGUGGAAGUGGUGUCGGCAGGGUUGGGAAGAGUGGUGCCAGGUCGUCUGCGACCCGGAACAGCCGCCUCCUAGACCACCAGAGGGCGCAGAAAGCGGCAACGUGUCCUUCAACUCUUUGGGCCCUCUCCCCUGGGAUCCACCCUUCUUGAAUCAUAGGGAGUUUCUGGCUCUGGAGAAGGAGCUCUUGGGGGCCAUCGACGGCCACCUCCGCAUCUCAAAGAGCGGGAGCUUGCUACCGAAGGCCACGGAGGUGAGGUGUGGGGAGCCCUGCAGUCUUUUCAACAAGGAGCGGAAGGUCUACUCUCAGUACGGCCUGGAUGGAAUCUUGGAGCAGACCUUCAGAUGUGUUGGUGUCACAACAAAGGCUUUUGUGGAGAUUGGAACACAGUACGGUGUGCAAUGCAGUACCCGCUUUCUUCGUGUUGCCCAUGGCUUCCUCGGGUACAUGUUCGACGACAGCAACUCCGAUGAGAGAAUCGGCUUGCAGAAGGUCUUCAUGAAGCCUACUUUCGCAGCCUCGCUGGUGAACUCGACGGUGCGAGCAGGUUCUGCUCGCCGAGGUAUUCCUGGGAUAGCGCCCUCGCGGUUGGAUCUUCUGAGCAUGGAUACCGAUGGCAUGGAUUUCGCGCUCUGGCGGUCCAUGUGCCCCAGCAUUCGGCCUCGGGUUCUGACGCUGGAGGCCGAGUGGGUUGGGAAAGCGCCUUGGCACGAGAAGGCGGCCUCCAUCAUUACCGGGAAGAUCCAUCGCUUGGCACGUGCCUGUGGCUACGUGCUGGUCUACGUCGUCCUGCAUGACAUGGUCUUCGUGAGAAGGGACGUCUUCGAGCAAAGCCACUCCUGUCGGCCCUGGGACACAAGCGCCGGAGACCUCAACUUCUUCUUGGCCCGCGAAAAGCGCCGAGGGCAGCUUGCCAGCGAACGAGAACAUGCUGGAGGACGGGAGCUAAGCCUCUGGCGCUACAACGGUUGCAUCAUGUAG